UGACCACUCCACCCUCACUUUUCCACUCUCCCUCUUUCACCUCCCCAAGAAUUUUCACCGGUCGGAUCCUGCUACAGUCCCUGCUACCGGCCAGUCGCUGCUCAGUGGUUACGGCCUCGCCCGACCUAUGCCUCUCCAGUAGCCACUGAUGCCGGCCGCCGAAGCAUCCCCCGUCGCACCUCCCGAGUCCGGUUUUGUCAAAAUGGAAGACCGGAAGAGAGCUGCCGCAUACGAUCACAAUGACUCUGCCCCCCCGUUGAAAAAACAGGCUACGUCUGUCAAUGGUGGCAGCAAACCUCAUCCAGACGCUGAUAUGCCUUGGAAAGACGAUUUGGAGCGAUUCCAGAAAGACGCGAUAUGGCGUCAAAUGCAAGAGUACAAACGCGAAAAGGUUUCUCUGGAGACGAAAUUAAAUCAGAUGUCUAAGGCUACCGUCAAUCACAACGAUCACCUUCGUAUCAUCGACGCCUGGUAUGGACAGUUAAUUGACGAGAUUAAAAUUCUCCUUGGCGCUCCUAAGGACGACAGCAAGGAACGUGCCUCCUUCCAAAGCCUGCUACUUUUCGAUGAGAUUGGGAAAUUUGAAAAACAUCUGAAAUCUCGCUCUGAUGAUAUCCGCGACAUUAUUUCCCGCCUCCUUUCUACAACUUCGACAGCUUCUCCUGAGGUUUCAGAUUUGCAAUCCCAACUUGCCAAAAAAUUAGCCGAAGAGAAGGCCACUAUUGUCGAGCUCGAGAAAGCCCUAUCCGAGAAGCAACAGUUGGAGGAGAGCCUGGAAGAGGCGUCUUUACGGUACAUGGUUGCUGAGAAGAAACUUGAUCGUGCUCGAAGCUUGACUGUUGCCAAACUGGAAAAACAGUAUAUCUUCGGUGCUCAGCGACCCGGUGGUGACAGUGCAUCCGCAAAUCGUGAAGAGGCCCCACCUACUAAUGGCACAACCCCUACUGGCGAACGAACUCCGGAAUCGGACGAAACCUACAGUAAGCUGUCGGCUAUAUCCGAGAAACAAAAGGAACAACUACAAAAAUUAGAGGCUGAAAACGCCAGUUUGCUCGGCCAAAUAACAGAGCUCAGUAUCAAGAAAUCUAAACUUACGGAUGAUGAUUACGCGCAUACGGAUUUAUUCAAGCAGCUGCGAUCUCAGUAUGAUGAUGUUGUUAAGCGGAUAAACCACUUGGAGGCCACCAAUGUGCAAUUACGCGAAGAGGCCGCAAAACUACGAUCGGAGCGAACAGCUUAUCGUAACCAGGUGGACGAGGAGACACAGAACGUGAUUGCUGAGAAGGAAGCCCACCUAAUGAGAGCUGAAACAGACCUCGCACGCAUACGCAAUGCUCGUGAUGAGUUACUGGCUGAUCAGCAGAUGCGAAAGGCUACACAGGAACAAGAGAAAAUAGCCACCGUCAAAGUCCAGGAACUCGCGGAUGCAGGUCAAGCUCGAAUCGAAGCGUUAGAGUCGGAGGUGGAGCGGAUGCGCCUAGAACUUGAAACGGAAAAGGCAGCGCAAGCUGGCAUCGACGAGACACCGAUUGAAGAGUUACGGGCUAAAUACAACAACCUUGAACGCCAAUAUUCUAUGCUCAACACUGAAUUAGCCUCUAUGCAAACAGCCUGCAAGAAGUAUUCUUCGCUAGCAUCUCAGAAAGUCACCGAUUUCAGCACUUUGGAAGAAAAGGUACUCCGUCUGGCGGCAGAGAAAUCCAAGGCAGACCAGAAAUAUUUCGCUGCAAUGAAAAGUAAAGAAGCUCGGGAUAUGGAGGUUCGCUCAUUGAGAAUACAAAACUCGAAAAGCUCCGACAUCGUCUCGCAAUUGAAGGAGUCAGAAGCAACCACGCGAUCUUUGCUGGCGAAUAUGGAAAAGCAGGUCAGCGAGACCAAGGAAGCACUGAACUCGAUGGGCAACAAAUAUCAUGCCGCACAGCAACAAGUUACAGAGAGCAAUAUCAUUAUGGAAGGCUUGAGAGGGCAGAUAACGGAGCUUAAAGCGUUAUCUGUGUCCAAGGAUUCAACGCUAGCGACCACCUCCAGUGCCUGUCGUCAAGCUGAAGCCGAAGUCGAAGGGUUGAAGGCUGCACUAUCUGAUACUAAAAAGAGCCUGGACAACUGGAAGAACAAGAGUCUCGGAAACUCUUCAUCCGAGUAUGAAAUGCUAAGAACCCUUGCACUGUGCACCGUAUGCCGCAGGAAUUUCAAGAACACCGCCAUCAAGACCUGCGGCCAUGUUUUCUGCAAGGACUGUGUAGAAGAACGCCUCACUUCUCGGUCUCGGAAAUGCCCGAAUUGCAAUCGCUCCUUCGGCAAUAAUGAUUAUAUGCACAUCACGCUGUGAACUUUUCGCCCUAUAUUUUGGUCUAAUUCCGCAAAACCUCCUUCGUGUACCAUAGUUUCUUUCACCCUCCCCCUCCCCCCCCUUUAUUUACUUCUUACUUGGUUUUAUUACUUUUUCUUCUUCUUCUCCUUCUUCCCCUGUUUUAUCCAUUUUGAUUUCUCAAUCAUGGAAAAGGCUCAUGGUGCGGUGUUUUGUUGUGUAUGAUUUAGCAGGAUCGGUUCCCAGAGUGGCUGGCUGGCGUUUGAUAUUUUUAUAUUCGUGGACCAGGUAUCGGGUCAUCUGGUCUUUGGGUUCCCUUUUUACCCAUACUCAUUUUCCUUUCUUCUCUUUUCUUUACUGGGUCUUGGAUACCUGCAAUACCGUGGUUUCCAAGGGAGGAUACCUAACUCGCGAGUUGUAGGAUUAACAAGGAAGCAGUGUAUGGGGAAGGGAAUGAUGAAUACCGCCAUAGUUAUGGAAGCAUGCCAUUAAUGACAUCAUGCAGAACGAUUCCAU